AUGUUCAGUUUCCCCAGCUGCCCCAGGAAAGAGUUUUUAUGGCCAGUCUGGUUGGACCAGGGCCCGGAGGACAGCACCCGCACUGUCCCUUUGCCAGUCCCACCUCUUACCGGGAGCUGCGCCAGUGUGCUCCUGGGCUUCAGCAUUGUCCCUUCUGUGCUCCAAGACCCUCUAGGCUCCCCAGUGACCCCAGGAAGUCCAGAUUCAAGCCUGAGAUUCAAGGCGCAGCAGGAUUUGGUCCCUCUUGACCUCUCCUCCUCCCGACGCUGCAGGAAUGGCCAGCUAGUCUUCCACUUGUCAAAGGCACAGAAGGAUAGCAGGCCAGAUGCAGCCUCCCUAGCCCUCCAGAGCCCUGUGUGUAGGCCCCCAGGGCCCCAGGCCCCCAGGCCCCAGGACCUGGACAUCAGGGAGCCGAGGCUUGAAGAGGAAGAGGAGGGGGCUCCCCUUGAGAACACAGCCAGGGAGGAGUUCUCAGGCCCCCAGAACCCACAAGAGGCCCUCUCAGGGAUGGGGAAGGCACUGGAGAAGGACACAGAGGAGGCUGUGCCUGAGAUGAGCCGCCUGUCCGUUGCCCAGAGGCUCCCGAGCGGGCCUCCGGCCAGGGUGAGGAAGAGGAGACGGCUCUUGGACCUGGCGAAACCCAAGAGUGACUGGCAGGUCCUGAAGGACAGGACGGGCUGCUGUUGCAAGGCCCUUGCCUGGAUCGCCCUCCACCUGCGGCGCCUGAAGCUCUGCAUCACCUGGCCAUCCGUGUACUGGACGGAGAGGCCGCAGCAGGAUACUACCCUCACUGUCACUGUGCCCGAGGUGUCCCGCCGGGUGGCAGAACUGUCUCGACCUAAAAGGUUCUACUCAGAGCAUCCCAGCAACAGGACCUCCCCCAUUUGGCCCAUCGCUCGACCCACCUUGAAAUACCAAGCAUCCAGGCGUGUGCGGGAACUGGCCACUCCGAGGGUGCGGAAUAACAUGUGGAGCAUGAACAUGUCUGAGGUGGGUCAGGUAUCCAGGGCGGCCCAAAUGGCCAUUCCCAGUCCGAGGAUCCUCUGGCUGGCAAAGCCCAGGGCCCCAGCCACCCUGUUGGAGGAGUGGGACCCCAUGCCGAAACCCAAACCGCACGUGUCAGACUACAGCCGCCUGCUUCAAUUGGCCAUGCCCAAAGCCCGGAUGGACAAGUGCGUCCCCGACCGAGACCCACGCUGGGAGGUGCUGGACGUCACCAAGAAGGCAGUGGCCAGUCCCCGGAUCAUCUCCCUGGCCAAGCCCAAAGUGCGUAAGGACGUCAACGAGGGCUACGACCCCUACCAUAUUCCCCCGGCAGCUCUGGUAGCUCGGGCAUCCCCUCGCCUCUAUGAGCUCGCCACUCCCAAGAGCAUCACCAAAAAAGUGUGAGUGGACCAGGCUGGCCUCGGAGACCCUGUUCCCAGUAAACACCCAAGUGCAUCCUAAACCUGUGUGUGUGGCUGGCUCUGAGCAUUGUGGACUGGAGGAGGGAGGGCAGGCUGGAAGGCCGAAAGGACCAUG